CCUAUCGCGGCCUUGAGGCCGGUCUCAGCAGAGAGAAAUACCAUGACGCCAAAGGAAAGUUAUGGGUAGAGAAAGCUAAUAGCCAUCAUGGUUUGAAUGACAAUCACAUCAUGCAGCGCACAGGCAAAUUCCGGCGCAAGAAGAAAGAUCCGCAAGGGAGUAAGAGUAAGCAAACUGUGGUGCCUGGCUGGGGAUGCCGCAAGGAGGUGGAGCCGUCAGUUUAACGUCCUGGCUAGGGCCCUAAGGGGGAAGAUACACUUCCAGUAGAAUGAAUGGCAUGUGCCCUCCGUAGUUUGGUGUUUGAAAGGUGUGGAGGAGAGAAAGAAGGGGGAGAGAAGAGGAAUGACAAAGGGAACGACAACAGCAACCACCAAGAACAUAUCCUUAGAAUAUCAUUCCCAGCAAGAGAUAAGGGGAAUUACUGUGUAUGCCCGGGAUUCGAGGGGAUUGCGUCAACGAAGGGGUCUGGCCCACGGCUCGCGUCCAUCACGGCCAUCCUCAUUCCACCACACGGGAGGAACUUGUCUUUUAGUGUCCAGAUAGCUGCACUGCCCAUUGCCUUUGCUCGAGCACGUCAGCACUCCGUCUCUAUCCCACGACGAUCAUCUUUCUGGUCAAAUGACAGGCCAAGAGUUACCGCUCAGUCCAUCAGGUAUAUCAGAGGUGGUGUCACUGAACGCGUACUCCAUGUAGAUGCGCAAGACACACAAACUGAAACGGUCAGUCAAUCCUGAAAGGAACCAGGAAAAAAGACAUGGCAGGUUGCAGCGCUUAGCGUCAGGGUCCAGCCAUUCCAUGAUCCAUCUUUGGUUCCAUCUUGGGGAUGAUCCUCUCCCCGAUCGGGCAAUCUCCCCUCCCGUGUGCCCCUCUGCAACGCAUCAUCAAUCCUGAAAACUCUGGAUCUUCCAGGGAGUCCAAGAGUCAAAGUUGAGCCAACUCAUCCAGUCA